AUGGAAAUUUAUCAACAACUGGGAAAUUCCACGCAAAGUUUACGUAAUCGCACUGAGUAUGGCCAACAAAAUAAUGCCACUACGGGUUACGCUUUUGACGGGAACUUAUCCGCAGGAGCGAACGACAUUAGACAGGGAGAGAUGACAGCUGGCAAGAACAACAAAAUAACAAGUAAUCCGGUGAAAAUAUCCAAAAGAUCAUCCCCCCCUAAAGGAUUUUUAAAGAUACAGCCAACGCUAAAAAAAUUUGAAGACAAACUAAAGGAAUUAGAGUCUGAAGAACAUAGUUCGGCACGUCCAAAACAUGAGCUACACUGGGACUUACACCGUAUAAAUCAUCAGAAAAGUCGGUAUGUCUAUUCUUUAUACUAUCAACGAAGACUUAUUGAUAAACAACUUUAUCUAUGGCUAUUAAAACACAGGUUUGCCAAUGGUCAGCUUAUUGCUAAAUGGAGGAAACAAGGAUAUGAGACCCUCUGUUGUUUGGAAUGCAUCGGCGAAACUGUCUGCGUUUGCAGAGUUCCGAAAAGCGUACGGAAAACUGAUCCUGACUUUAGGUGUGUCAAAUGUGGAUGUAGAGGAUGUGCAAGUAGUGAUUAG